UAUUCCAAAAGCAAACACACGCGGACCGAUUGUAACGUAUGGUUUUAUCGCAUUCGGAGGGUCUGUUACACCCGAUAUGAGAGACUCGGAUCGACAAACGAUUUCGAUAUCUAACCACUAAUUCGAUUAUAUUUAACGCUAACGCCUUUAGUGACUUUAUAUCGGGUAAACGUUGAUAAUCGAGUAUCGGACGUCGUCUAAAAAUUAAAAUUAGUGUUCUAUGUGAACUCGAAUAUAAAUUGUGUUAUCAAUUCCCGGUGUUAUUGUUCAGUGAUAUUUUCCCAUGAAACUGUGAUUAUUCUAUUUUAAAUAGGUACCUAUUUCUCUUACCAAACAUUUUAAUGCGAUAUAAAUUUAUUCAACGCCCUUUCUAUUAAUUUCAAAAUACAUUUAAUUUGAGAAACUCUCACGGGGUGACGCCCAGUUCGAUGUUUCGCUAACCUACCGCACUUUAUCUCCGGCGGAAUUUUUUGUUACUUGAAAUAAUAUUCUGAUUUUUUUUUAAUAUUUCAUUAUUCAAUUUCGCACCGUUGGAAUUUUAUUGUUACUUUUAGAAAUAGGUAAAAACUUUUUAUAAAACAUAUAUAUUCUUUGAGAAAGUGUAUAAAAAAAGCUUCAAGACGUCGUGCAUCGAGGUUUGUGCCAUGGGGUGCACAGUUUCGGCAGAGGAAAGGGCGGCGAUUGCCAGAACGAAACAGAUAGAUGAGUCCCUUAAGGAAGAAAAGCAACGAUCCCGGCGGGAUGUAAAGCUACUGUUAUUGGGUGCUGGAGAAUCGGGGAAGAGUACAAUAGUAAAACAAAUGAAAAUAAUACACGAAAGUGGAUUCACUCCAGAGGACCAUAAACAGUAUAGACCGGUGGUCUACAGCAAUACAAUACAGUCCUUGGUAGCUAUUUUACGAUCAAUGCCGAAUCUCGGAAUAAGUUAUGGAAACAAUGAGAGGGAGAUAGACGGCAAAAUGGUGUUCGAUGUUAUCCAAAGGAUGGAAGACACAGAACCAUUCUCAGAAGAACUUUUAGCUGCAAUGAAACGAUUAUGGACUGAUUCAGGAGUUCAAGAAUGUUUUGGUCGUUCCAACGAGUAUCAGCUCAACGAUUCCGCCAAAUAUUUCUUAGAUGAUUUAGAUCGACUAGGAGCUAAGGACUACCAACCUACAGAACAAGACAUAUUAAGAACAAGAGUGAAAACUACGGGUAUAGUUGAAGUACACUUUUCAUUUAAAAACCUUAAUUUCAAAUUAUUUGAUGUGGGUGGUCAGAGGUCGGAAAGGAAAAAGUGGAUACAUUGUUUUGAAGAUGUAACCGCGAUUAUUUUCUGUGUAGCUAUGAGUGAAUAUGACCAAGUGUUACAUGAAGAUGAAACGACAAACCGUAUGCAAGAAAGCUUAAAACUAUUUGACUCUAUCUGUAACAAUAAAUGGUUCACAGAUACCUCCAUUAUCCUCUUCCUCAACAAAAAAGAUCUUUUUGAAGAAAAAAUUAGGAAAUCGCCUUUAACAAUAUGCUUUCCUGAAUAUGCAGGUGCGCAAGAAUACGGUGAAGCUGCCGCAUACAUUCAAGCACAAUUCGAAGCGAAAAACAAAUCGACUACCAAAGAAAUCUACUGCCAUAUGACAUGCGCCACCGAUACGCAUAACAUUCAAUUCGUCUUUGACGCAGUUACCGACGUUAUCAUCGCGAAUAACCUGCGCAACUGCGGCCUCUACUAAACCACAUUUUGUAAUAUUAUUCCUCCUCUCACAUUGACAAGGUGAUACACCCAAUAUAUAUACACACAUAUAUUUUUAUUUCUGGGACAUUGUGUAUCAGAUAUAUAUAUAUAAACUAAAAAAAAUAUCACUCCUUGAAAGUAACAAGUCAGUUAACAAAGAAACAUUUUAUUUAUACUGGAUAUAGUUAGAGUAGAAAAUACAAACGAAAUUAAUAGUAACUGUUGAUUAUUAUCCUUUAUAUUGCAAAAACUAAUGUUAUUGAUAAGCUUUAUAAUAUGUUUUUUGACCACUAUGUUUAAGAUUUGAAAACAUUUCAGAGGAUAAAUUAUAUAACUGAGAAUAAGAUACUGCAUGCACUUAUUUGAUAUAUAGUCAAUUUUUAAUUCCUUCCUUUUGAAAGAAAAAAAUUGUACUGGUUUAUUUAUUGUAAAUUAUCCUCGGUCUAUUACCCAUAUACUUAUUUAAUCCUGAGGCUUUUCUACCUUUUCAGGUGUGAAUCUCCCUUGUCAUCAGCAGUUUCCUAUCCUGUGUUCUUUCUUUUAUUUCCUGCAAUAUUAUUCUUCGUUUUUCCCUUCCAUCUUAAUUUCUUCUGACUAGUUUCUCCUCAGUCUUUUUUUUGUUCGUUCUUCAUAUAUCUACUGAAUUAAUUGUUCUUUUUCCAUUUUCAUAACAUGAAAAAUCAUUUUAAUUAUCUUCCUUCGAUUUGAUUGUAGAUUGGAAUUUUCUCUUAUAGUUAUUCCUUAUUUUGUCUUAUCUUGAUUUAUUUUUCUUAGAAAUCUUAUUUCUGCCUUUUUUGUUUCUUUGUAAAUGUCCAUGUAUCUGAACCGUAUGUCAAUAUGAGUGUAGCUACUUUUCACAUUUCGUAUUUGUUUUUAUUUGAUUUGAUAUUUCCUAAUUGGCUAAAAACUUAACCGCAUUAUAAUCAUCGACUUUAUUUUGUUCGGUUAUUUUCAUAUUCAUUAUCUGUUUCUUUAUGAAUAUCCUAUAUUUUAAUGUCUUUUCGUUCUUUUAUCUAACACUAUGGUAAAUAAUAAUGAGAUUAGUCCAUUUGGUGUUUUGAACCUAUUUGAUACCUCUUGCCUAACUCUGACAUAGUUUUUCGUCUGUUCAAAUAAAGCCUCUACUUCUUUUAUUCGUUUUUCUUCUAUACCUUCAUGUCCCCCCCACUCUGUUGAAUGCUUUUUCAAAAUCUAUAAAACAUAGAUGUAUAGUAUUGCUUUUUCAGUUAUUUGCUUACUCAUGAAGUUUGAAUUUUUUAAUCAUUUUUUUAGUAUGACAAACUGAAAUAUUUUUUUUUCAAUCAACAAAAGUAAGUAUUUAUAAGUGAAGAAAUUAUU